GGGGCGGACCCCGGGGCGGGCGACAGGGCUGGGGGCGGGGCUUCCGGAGGAGACCCGGGCUGCUCCAGGACCCCGCAGAGGAGAGUGGGGUCCGCACGAUGGAGGAGACCGGGGUAAGCAGCAGCUGCAGCCCCAGCAUUAGCCAGAGCCCGGAUCCUAGCCCAGGCGGGGACUGCCGCCAGGCCUUCCCCAAGCUGCAGAAUGACACGUUCCUGCGGGCAGCCUGGGGGGAGGCCACGGACUACACGCCGGUGUGGUGCAUGCGCCAGGCAGGCCGCUACCUGACAGAGUUCAUGGCCACCCGGGCUGGACAGGACUUCUUCGUCACCUGCCGCUCCCCCGAGACCUGCUGCGAGCUGACCCUGCAGCCACUCCGACGCUUUCCCUUGGAUGCUGCCAUCAUCUUCUCUGACAUCCUGGUGGUGCCCCAGGCAUUGGGCAUGCAGGUGACCAUGGUACCCGGCAAAGGACCCACCUUCCCAUCGCCCCUACGGGACGAGGAGGACCUGGACCGCCUCCAAGCCCCUGUAGACGUGAACAAGGAGCUGGGCUACGUGUUCCAGGCCAUCACACUGACCCGCCACCGGCUCGCCGGGCGUGUGCCCCUCAUCGGCUUCUCAGGGGCCCCGUGGACGCUGAUGUCCUAUAUGGUGGAGGGGGGUGGCUCAAACACCAUGGCCCAGGCCAAACGGUGGCUCUACCAGUGGCCCAAGGCCAGUCACCGCCUACUGGGCCUCCUCACUGAUGUCCUUGUCCCCUAUCUUGUGGGCCAGGUGGCUGCAGGGGCCCAGGCCCUGCAGGUGUUUGAGUCUCAUGCGGGGCACCUGGGCCCCGAGCUCUUCUCCGAGUUUGCACUGCCCUACAUCCGUGACGUGGCCAAGAGGGUGAAGGCCGGGCUGCAGGAGGCGGGGCUGGCACCGGUGCCCUUGAUCAUCUUUGCCAAGGAUGGACACUACGCGCUGGAAGAGCUGUCCCAGGCCGGCUACGAAGUGGUUGGAAUUGACUGGAAAGUGAACCCUGCCCUGGCCCGGGAACGUGUGGGAAAGUUGGUGACCUUGCAGGGCAAUCUGGACCCCUGUGCCCUCUACGCCUCCAAGGAGAAGAUUGGACAGUGCGUGGAACAGAUGCUAGAUGCCUUUGGGCCCCAGCGGCACAUCGCCAACCUUGGCCACGGGAUCUACCCGGACAUGGAUCCUGCUCAUGUUGGCGCCUUUGUGGAGGCUGUGCAUCGGCACUCUCGCCGGCUCCGUAACAACUGACCCUCCCCCACUUCUGCCCCCCCAGGGCUGGUCUCAGGUGCCCCCCACCCUUGACAUGAGAAUGUCUAUUUUUAAGAGAAUAAAGAGUCUAGUCUCUAGCG